CGCACCUGUCCAAUAUCGAUAGUCAACAAAAUCCAGAUGUGAGAGAACAUUUUGUGUUGUUUUGGCCAACAAAGUGGGCCGUGCUUCUAACUGCUUUUGCCAUUCGGACGCGGGGGCAUCUUGAGCCUGCUUGGAGGAGCCCGACCAACGGGGUCAGAUGGCGCGCAAUGUGCUCGAGAGCAGCCUGCUGGGCGCCGGCUUCAGCAUCAUCUUUCAGAUACUGUGCCGCAUCCUCACUUUCGGCAUCAACGCGUACAUCGUGCGACAUGUGGGCCGCGAGGUGUUGGGCAUCAUGAAUGUCCGCCUGCUGCUUCUGGAGAGCACCCUGCUCUUCCUCUCCCGCGAGGCCAUUAACCGGGCGGCCCUGAGCGCCAAUGCCCAGCAGGGCGAUCGCUGCUCCUGGGCGCAGCUGAUCAACCAGAUGUGGCUCACGGUUCCCAUUUGCGCUGUUUUGUGUGCUCCUUGCCUAUAUAUUUGGCUAAACUGGCUGUCGGCGGUGGACGCCAUCUACGCCUCGCAAUAUGAGUUCGCCUGCUAUGCCGUGGCCUUUUCCUGCGUCCUGGAAUUGAUGGCCGAGUCCGCGGUGUUUGUCGCCCAGGUCUUUUGCUUUGUGAAGCUUAAGAUCCUGCUGAAUACGCUGCACAUCCUGGUGCGCUCGGCCAUCUUCCUGUGGAUUGUCACCGGUGAUCGCAGUGCAGCAAUCAAUGCCUUUGCGAUUGCCCAACUCUCCAGUGCAGUGACCAUUGUCCUGGGCCAGUAUGGCUUCUUCUACUUCUAUCUGAAAGGCUUCAAGGAUUUCGUGACCCAGCAGGCGAAAAAGAAGCCAGUGGCUCCAAAGGCCUGGCAGGUCUCGCUGUACGAGCACAUGGACGACUUCCCCUUCAAGCAGCUGAACGACUUCCUGCCCGGCGUGAUGUUCAAUCCCAACGGAAAGCAUUUCAACCGGGAACUGCAAACGCUCACUCUGAGCUUCGUGAAGCAGGGCGUGCUAAAGCAAAUUCUCACCGAGGGCGAGAAGUACGUGAUGUCCGUGUCGCCGGUGCUGAGCUUCGGGGAGCAGGCCACCUACGAUGUGGUCAACAAUCUGGGCAGCAUGGCGGCCCGCUUUAUCUUCCGGCCCAUCGAGGACAGUUCGUACUUUUACUUCACGCAAACGCUAUCCCGGGACAUCAAGCUGGCCAAGCAGCCUCAGGAGCGCGUCCGCCAGGCGAGCAGUGUCCUAAACAAUCUGCUCUUGGGCGUGAGCUCCAUUGGCCUGAUUGCCUUCACCUUUGGACAGAGCUACUCGUACCCAGUGCUGCUGCUUUACGGCGGUCCUGAUUUCGUGGCCGGCGGAUUGCCGCAGAGCCUCUUGCAGUGGCACUGCCUGGCGAUCUAUCUGCUGGCCGUGAACGGAAUCAGCGAGGGAUAUAUGUUCGCCACGAACACAAGUCGAGACAUCGACAAGUACAACUAUCUGAUGGCCAUCUUUUCGAUCAGCUUCCUGGUGCUCUCCUACAUUUUGACAGGGAUCUUUGGCCCGGUGGGCUUCAUCUUCGCCAACUGCAUUAAUAUGCUGAGCAGGAUUCUGUACAGCACCUACUACAUCAGGCAUCAGUAUCGGCCCCUGUCGCUGGAUCCGCUGCUAGGCCUCUGGCCGGGAAAACUCUUUGGAUGCACGCUCUUCCUGGCCGGCAUCGCUUGUUAUUGGUACCAAAGUUCUGACCUGGCCACACAUCUGGGCGUGGGUGUCCUGGCUGGGCUCGCCUGCCUUCUGUCCUGGGUGCUGGCUCAUCGGGAUCUGGUGCGACUGGCCUGGCGCUAUGGUCGUCGCAUCAAGAUAGAAUAGGGGCCAUGCUGUUGGGAUUGUUAUCCUCGCUUCCCUCGCACCGGUGAACCGCAAUGAAACGCACAGUUUGAGUAAUAAUGAUGGCAUAUUUAUACAUAGUUGACAUUUGUAAAUUAAUUCCAAAUUUAAGUUAUGUACUUAUUGAGUGUUUGUAGAGCCUUGAUUGCUUAUUUAACCUUAAGACAUGCAUUAAAAGACAACGAUUACUGUUUA